AUGCAUUCCGACAUGGUAAAGGCUGAGCAGGGCGUCACAUCGCUGUGCAGCACUGAUCAGGGUCGAGUGUUGAUGGCGUGGCAUGGUGAUGCAAACCAUGUUGCAGUGAGCUAUGUUGAAGCUCAUUCUCGCCGAUUCUGUGUUUUCGAUCAGGACGGCGAACUCAUCAGCUGUUUACAGCACACCGACACUGUUGAGGAAGCACUUGCCUACCGGCCGACCGGAAAUCUCAUUGCAACGAGUGCAGUGCGCGACGGCUUCCGUCAUAUCGUUCUGCAUGAGCGUAACGGGCAGAGACGUUCUGAAUUCGAACUCGGACCGUGUGAGCUGGGAAGUGUGAUUGAGUGGAUGGGCUGGAACACGGAUGGCAACAUUUUGGCUGUGCGUCUUAGGAAUGAGCGAUUCACUGAGCAAGGAAUCGAUCAGUACUGA